AUGGACGUCCACAGCUACGCAACCUCCAAUGGAGGAACCGGGGCCAAAUUCAAGGGAUACACAACUCUCAUAGCUGGUGUCGCCUCCGUCAUCGCUACUGUCGUCUCUGUCCUCUCGAUAUGGCUCCAAGCAAAAAACUAUCGCAAACCGCUGCUGCAGCGCUACGUCGUUCGAAUCCUCCUCAUGGUUCCAAUCUACUCGAUAGCGUCGUGGACCAGCAUGGUCUCGCUCACAGCCGCACAGUUUGUCGACCCAUUUCGCGACAUAUACGAGGCCUUCACAAUCUACACCUUUUUCCAACUGCUCAUAAACUACCUCGGUGGUGAGAGAUCCCUCAUUGUCAUGACACACGGCCGCGCCCCAGUACAGCACUUGUGGCCUAUGGAUCAUGUCCUGCCAAAAGUCGACAUCUCCGAUCCCUACACCUUUCUCUCUAUCAAACGUGGCAUUCUACAGUAUGCUUGGCUGAAGCCUAUCCUCUCCAUAGCGGCCAUCGUCAUGAAAGCCACUGGCACAUACCAAGAAGGCUAUAUUGCGGCCAGCUCCGGCUACUUUUGGAGUGGCAUCAUCUACAACAUCAGCGUUUCCCUCAGCUUGUAUUCGCUCGGUCUUUUUUGGGUCUGCAUGCACAAGGAUCUCAAGCCAUUCCGACCAGUUCCCAAAUUCCUCUCCAUCAAGCUCAUCAUCUUUGCCUCGUACUGGCAAGGCUUCUUCUUAUCCAUUCUAGUCUGGCUCGGGGCUAUCCCAGAUGACGUCCAAGGCUACACCCGUGACAACCUAGCUGCAGCCAUCCAGGAUUUCUUAAUCUGUCUCGAGAUGCCCAUAUUCGCUGUGGUGCACUGGUAUGCCUUUUCUUGGUACGACUUUGCAGACAAUAGCAUCCUAUCUGCUCGUAUGCCCCUGACAAGGGCCCUUCGUGACGCUUUCGGCCCCAAAGACCUUAUCGAGGACUCAAAAGAGACGUUCAAGGGCGAUAAAUACGGCUAUCGUACGUUUGACUCUGGCGACAAGGUCAUGGCUCACGCAGACUCGAGCUCUCGAUUUGCCAGACUCGACGCCGGUAUGCGAUAUGAACGUGGUGGCAAGGCCAAAUAUUGGCUUCCCAAGCCUGGAGCUUCGUCGUCGUCGCCGUUGCUUGACAACGGCGAAGGCGGCUCCUCCAAUCAAGAUUCGCAGCGUGAUGGCUCAAUGGGCACUUUUGACGAGCCUGAAAUUGACCCAGACGAGGAGCGUAUGUACGACCAGGCGCGUCAGCUGGAAUACGGAGAUUGGAACUAUCCCGUCAUCACCGCUAAUGAGCCGUUGAGGGAUCGAUAUGGGUCUUCCUUCAGCAGUCGUGCGGGUUAUUCACCUGCGCCUCGACUAAGCACUCCCCAGAGGCGCGCCCCAGCUUCACCAGCAAAGCCUAGUUCCCCCAAGACAAACGUCAGUGCUCAAGAGCCACCGUUCGUUGCGGUCAAGAAGAAGAAGAAGUCGAGAAAGGUUGUUGUUCAACACCCCGAGCCCGAAGCAGCGGCGCUUCUGGCAGAUACUGAGGCUCGCCGCGUCAAGUGUGAUGAGGCGCGGCCUGUCUGCCGACGCUGCGCCGGCAGCCACAUGGCCUGUCGCGGAUAUGAACUUCCGCCUCCCGGUGCUGACGGCAUACAUGCGGCCGUCAGUGGCGUCGACAUUUCCAUGGUUCGACGGCAGAAUCAGCCGAAACCUGUCGUCGCCGCCGAGAUUGAGCCUCCGAGCUGGGAUUACCUAGAAGGCAUCCGCUACUAUUUCGAAGUGGUCCGGCCCGGUCGUGUAUCGAGCACAGAGACCAAGUUCAACGAUCCUCCUUUCCACCUGCCAGGCUACAACCGAACGUCAUUCCUCGGCCAGAUCAUCUGUGACCAACUCUCAAAGGCGUCCAAGUCCCGUGGCAAGCUUCUCAAGGCCGGCGAGGACCCGGCUUUUGAGCCGUCCUGGAACCGCUACUCCCGCAACAUGGUUGACGCCAUCAACAUGGUCAAUCAGAAAAUCAGAGACGAGGCACUGUACCCCGAUGAAGCCCCUGCCUUCAUGGCCAUUCGCCAUUUGCUCGUGCUCGACCUGUACUUGCGAAGGGUUUUGUGGCGAGCCCAUCUGAGAGGCGUUAUUGCCUAUAUCCAGCAUCGAGGCGGGAUUGGCGAGGUCCUAAAAAUGAAGAAUGCGCCGCUUUAUUUAAAUUUUGCGGUAGAAAAUAUCAUCCACGCCAAUACAACUAGCCCAGCAAAGCAGCAACUAGAAGGCCUCGAAGAUUUCACAGACGAGCAGCUCAAAGCAUCGCUCAGCAACUCUUGCUUUGCGCCCUGCCCUCUGGAGCUCUACCCUCUGAUUGUGCAUAUCACGAGACUACGCGUCGCCGUCGCCAACAAUCGGCAAGCUCCGAGGACGAGCCUUGCGCUCCAGGUGCAGGACAUGUUCAACGCCACAUGGCACUUCGACCCGGACGAGUGGGCCGAGUCGGAAUCAUGGCGCGGCGAGGUAGACGUCGGCCGCGUCAUGGGACGCGUCUUUCCGAAGACCAUCCGGCUCUACGGUAUUCUGACACUGCCACGACCAGCACUCGUUGCCUGGGGGGCCUCUUUGGCGGACAUCCGAACCGCCUACGAACCCCUCCCGGGGCAGAGCGCGUUCGAGUCCCUCCGAGCGCGGCACCGAGGGGAGGUCUUGGCGCUCAUCAGGAAACAUUGGCAUGUGCUGCAGUACAAGACCUCCUUGGUGUGGCCACUGCUCGUGGCUGGCGUGGCCGCGGUGGAUGGUGCUGCGGAAGACCGCGAGUUUAUUGAGGAUUGCUUGGAGGCUAUUUUGGCAAUGCCAAUUACGGCGUGCUCCUUUAUCACAGUCGUGGACAAGCUCCGCGCGUUUUGGCGCUCUGGCAAAUCGGAAUGGGAGGACUGCUGGGAUGAGCCGACCGUGGGCUCUGCUUAA